CAAAUUCGUUCACACAUGAUGCAGAGAAAUGCGGUUGAAGAAUGCAAAUUUAUGCAGGAUGCGGCAGCAAUGCUGUGCAUUCCUAUUGAAAACGAGCCAUCCUUACAGUGAGGGGUAAUCGGAGGUGAAACUUUCGAUCUUGAGUGUAUCGCGAUCUUUACUGAUUUUCUCGUUCAUAAGAAGUAAAAUGCCCAGCUAUCCUGUAGGAAAAGCUUCGGCUAGGACCCCAUUUCUGCUGGCAUUUGUUGUUUUCACAUCAUGACGCCUUCUAAGAUAGUUUUCAAAGGCAGUGGUCAUGGAGACAAAGCUCAUCAACUUGUCAGCUCCUACUUCAUUGGUCCUCAUGCUGAAAAUCUUCACGAUUUGAAACAGAAUAUCGACUCCAUCCUCAAUCAGCUCCGAGAUGCAAGACUUAAUUAUCACCCAGAUGAUCCGGUGUUCAUCACCGAGUCUGUCAGAAAUUCGCCAACAUUUCGAGCAGCCAAAGAAAGAGUUGAGAAAGCUGUCACCACUGCUGCCAAUCUUUUGGGCAAACACUCUCUUCCUUUCUGGUCUGCUAGAUACCAGGCACAUAUGUGUAUGGAUCUUAGCAUGCCUGCACUUCUAGGAUACUUCAUGACAAUGAUCUAUAACCGAUAUAAUCUCAGACGACAAGUUACUCCACCAAAGUCCAUUUCCGUCUUUGGACCUGAGUAGUCGCUGCUUUGACCUGAGUUGAGCCCUAAGUCCUGAGCACGCUAAUAAGUCAGCUGGAUUAUACUUAACGGGGUCCUCUUUUAGCCGCCUUCGCGAAUCGGCUACAAUUUCCAUGCUGUCUAUAUAUUGAUGUGGUAAAUCUUGUUGCUGGUAAAUAGCCACCUCUUUACACCUAUUAAGAUACCGUGACGGUGUCCAUUAUCGCUCCCCUAUCACACUUAUCAGGGUUUAUCCUUAACGGAGCCGAUUAGGAUUCCCUUUAGUCGAGUCGCACGUAACUUGGUAAGGUUAUUCAGUCGGGAGUACAGCACAGCCUGUUUUUAUGGGUUGAUUUGGCAC